AUGCCACGCGUUUUCGAUCUGGUGGUUGUACUAUUCUGCCUGGGUAACACUGGGGUUGCCGGUGUCCCGCAACACGGUCCGCUGGUGGGAGAGAGGGAAUGGCGAGAGGGUCGCGCUGCGCAGGCGGACGAACCGGGGGGAGGGGCGUUCAACAAUGGGAUGUAUACGCCUUGGACGGACGGGGUGACGUCGACCGUGGGAGGGGGUGCGAGCGGCAAAGGCUCUGCAACGUCCAGCGCGGCACCCAGUACGAGCACGAGCACGAGCACGACUAUGAGCAGCGCCAUCCCUUCUACGUCGAGCUCAGGCUCGACAUCUUCCUCCACCGACACCGCGCCCGUUUCCUCCGCAUCAUCCUCGUCUCCUUCACCGGAGACCGACUCCGCCUCGUCCUCGUCCUCGUCCUCAUCAUCAUCACCCUACACUUCCUGGCUAGACGCACCACCCUCCCCCACGCCCACAACAUGGAGACUAGCGAUGACCCUUUCCUCCCGCCCAGCGUACACCUACGCCCUCGGCCCAACCUCCACACCUUCAGCCUCCGCCUCUGGUUCAGCUAACACCAGUACGCUGGGGGGGUUCAACUGGGCCUACCUGGCCGUGCCGGGCGGGAUACUGUUGCUUGCCCUGGUGGGGUACUGGUUUGGGCGAUGUUAUUGGAGGAGGAGGAGGGAGAGGGAGAGGGGGAGCGUGUACAGUGCUGAACAGCUCGUGUGGGACUCUCCGGCGUAUCCUUACCUGACCGGAGAGGGAGAGAGGGAGGGAGAAGCAUGGGCGGACGAGAAGCUCGACUCGGGGGAAGAGAAAGGGUGGAAAGAACAUCUCCUGAGCUAUUCGAGCACGGACAUCUUCGCCGAGGAACCGAGGGCGGUGUAUCUCCGCUUCUCUGGGCAGGAGUACGCUUUUUCGCCGAACCCGAGUACGUGGGGGUCUGGGUAUGCCCAACUUGUCGACACGCCCGCGCGGAACAAGAGCACCAGGGCGAGCACGAGGAGCAAGAGCAGGGGCAACAUGGACAAGCUACUCAAGAGCCCAGGGUGGUUCCGCACUCCUCUGCAGGGGGAAACCUCGCUCUUCUCGCCUUCACCCACAAGCACCCCAGCGCGCAAACCGAGCUGGUUCCGUACUCCCCUAUAUGCACAAGAACGUUCUCCCCACGUAGUGCCCUCGGUAGCAGUGGCCGACGCGCUGAGGAGGAAGGUGAGCUGGUUCGCUAAUGCUGCGGAGGGCGCGGCGGGGGCGGCGGGUGUAGGCGCGGGAGGGAGUGUGGGCGCUGUGGGCAGGCUUUGGGGCCCGAGGGUCAGGCCGGGUAGGGCUGGGGAGGUCGGUGUUCCACUUCCUAUGCCUGGGGCUGUUCAGGGGUACGCGACGCUGGGUUAUGCGAACGCGGGUGUUCCUGUACCUGGGGCGCACGCUACUUGGCAGCAAGAGCACGCCCGGGAACAGGGCCACGCCCAGGACCACCCACGCGAACGGGAACGGGAACAGGAACAGGGACGAGAGGACGAAUCCGAGAAAGAAGAACGCGUGCGCUCUCUCUUACUCGCCAGGAGGGAACCGUACCGCCUUUCCCUUCCCCCGCCGCCGCCGCAGGCGUCGUACCACCCUGUUCCCGAACGGGUGCUUCUCCCCAGACCCCACCGACCUUACCAGCCUGGAAUGGGGGCGGAAGACCCAUUCCUCGACCCUGCGUCUUCCUACUCCCAGUCCAGCCUCAACACUACCAUCACCGCCACCACUACUACUACUACCUCCUCCACCACCACCAGCAGGACAACCCCUACCCGCACCACCACCAGUCUCACUCCCACAAGCACAGCAAACGACCUAUCCUACAACCCGCCCACCCCCCUGACCCUCUCAGCCCUCUCAAGCCCAAGCGUGUACAGUCUCGCCUCCCCCCCUCCCCCGCCGGCGGCAUAUAUCCUCCCUCCUUCUAUCCCUACGCUCGAGGCGGGGAGCGAGCCCCUGAGUUUGGAGGGUUCGCCACCGAGAGGCGUGUUGGGCGGUCGUGAGGGGCACCGAACAUGGGGGAGGGGAAGAGGGCUGGAGGAAGGUGAGCAGUGGGACGUGCCGGUUGGUGCGUUGGCGCUGGGGGGGAGAAGUUGA